AUGGGUUCAAAAUACAUACAUAUAACCUUAAAUGUUUUUCUUCGUUCAGAUAAUCUAACAAAUUCAAUUCAUAAUCAUCUUCAUGAAGAUUUUUCAAUAAACGAUAAUACAAGAGUUAUCACACCUUCAGAAUAUGGAUUACUAUUUGGCUUAGUACUGGCCAUCCUGUCUUUCUUAACAGCUGCUAUGAGUGUACUUUACAUAUUUGCGCAUAAAUUGUGUCCAACCAUAACAAAAUUCUUGACAACUGAACCGAUUAAAUCAAUAAACCUCCUACAUUCAUCAUUCAAAUGGCCAAAGUGUAAAACGAAUGAGAAUAAUUGUCUAACAUCGAAUUCCACGUCACUUAAUGUCAUGAAUUCAAUGAAUCAAUUUAUUGAAUAUAAAAGUGAAAUUGUUAGCCCCAUAAAUCACAGCCAAACGUAUUUACAAGAAGACUGUCAACAGUCAUUACACUAUGACUGCGUCAGUUUGAUGCCAUUGAAUGGGUGUGGUAGCAAAAAUAUGAUAUCAUUGAAUCAUAUCUAUGCAGAUCACACUAUCCGUCCCCGGAUAAGACCUCCUCUAUAUCGCACACGUAAGCAUUUUUUAAAACUAAAAUAUCCCAUUCUUUUUUAACUACUCAUUAGUAGUACAAUGAUGCAUCUUGAUGAUUAGCAUACUGCUUGUAUUCAAUUAGUUCUAUAACAAAGAUAAUCACUCUUAGGGCUGUUAUAACUCCAUUUUGUUACAAUAAUCUUAAGGACUGGAUUCUAGUGAUUCAGUCUUAACGCGAACCUUCCACGUGAUUAUUAUUAUUAUUAUUUGUCCGUUGGGUUCCUAGUGGAACAUAUAGCUUCACUACCACGUCUCCAUUGCACUCUCUUCUCUGCACUCCUUUACAUCUGGCUCCAAGACUGCCCACAAGCUUUCAUUUCUUCCUCACA